UAUGUCCUGUACAUAACACCAACGCGAUCUCAGUUGUCAAAAUUUCACUGUUUAUGUAAAUAUGAUCAAAACGCGUUACCCAUCAUCAUCAUCAUCCCAAGUUUUAUAACUGUUUAACAUUGAUAUCAUAAAGACUAACCGUAUAAGAUGGAAGGUGGCAAGAAUCAUAGAGCUGCUUUGAGUGCUGCUUUUGGCCCUUCUGAAAAUUUAACUGAAGAAGUUUAUGAUAAACUUGAAAGCUUAAUCAAAAUAUUUAAUAGUUCUCCUGAUGAUUUGUAUAUCAGUUGGGAAUCAUAUAAUGUGACUGAAGUUCAACAAGAUUUGGAUUUAACUGUUCCGAAUAUAGACAAGUUUCAAGAAUAUCUUCAAUCAACUUUAGAAAGUUCAAAACCAACCCCAUCACUUAAACGUACUAAAGAUUUCCAGAAUUCAAGUGCCUUGAAAAGAAAACCAAUCAUUAAAUCAAAUAUAGCAAUUAAUACAUCCAGUCCUCCAGUUCCAACUACUCCUUUGAAAAGAAAUGGUUUAGAUGAUGCUACUCCAAGAUUUAAAACUCCAAGGGCUAACUUUAUGGAAUCAUCACCUGCUCAUUAUGAAACUGCUAAUAAUUCAUUUCAAAGUACUGGUAGCGGAACUACCCCAAUUGCAGAUAAAUUAGCUAAACAACAAGAUUCUAAUACCAUUGUUGAAACUUUGAACCCACAAGUUAAAGAAUCUCCUGGAUUUAUUCAAUUGGAAGAAGAUUCUGCAAGUUCCUUGAAACCUUAUACUUUAGGUUUAAAUUUUGAUGCUGCCAAAUUCAAAUUCAGAACCAUGGCUAUGAAAUUACUUGAAAGUGCUGAUAUAUUAGAUGAUCAAAUAGACACCUUUGCACAGUUGUAUAUGGAUGCCAAUAAAAACGCCAACUUAGAGGAUUCGAUUCAAUUUGGUAAUCCAUGUUUAAGUACUCAAUUUGAUAUACUCUGCAGUGGUAGAAUUGUCCCUGAUUCUCCUGUAUAUGAUAAACAACAAGGUAAUAAUUAUUCAUUGAAUGCCACCUCACUUUAUUUAGAAACAUCUCGUAUGUCUGGUAUUGGUCAAAGAGUUCCCUUGGAGUUAUCCAACUUACCUGGUUAUUCAUUGUUCCCUGGUCAAAUCGUUAUAUUGAAAGGAUCUAAUCCAACUGGGAAGACAUUUAUUGUAAAGGAGAUUUUGUCAAUGCCUGAAUUGGGAGCAGCUGUAUCUGGUAAGGUUGAAUUAGAAUCAUAUGAAGAAUUGGUGGGUAAAACAGGCUUGAAAUUUUUAAUUGCUUCAGGUCCAUUUUCAAAUAAUUUCAAUUUAAAUUAUUCAAAAUUGGAAAAUCUCGUUAAUUUAAUCAAUACUGAUAUCAAACCUCAUGUCGUUAUAUUAAAUGGUCCAUUCAUCGAUAUUAAUAAUAUUGCCGUUAGUCAAGGUGAUAUUGAAAUACCACUUGAUAAACAAGCACAACCACCACGUAAUUUAGAUGAAGUAUUUAAAAGAUUAGUCACUCCAAUUUUAAGAAAGAUAGAUGGUAGAAUUCAAGUUAUCUUAGUACCGUCAUUAACAGAUACUUGUAUCAAACAUUGUUCAUAUCCACAAGAUGCAUUUGAUAGAAAGAAAUUUGGAUUGCCUAAGAAUGUAAGGGUGAUUCCUAAUCCUGCAAGUUUUUCCAUAAAUGAAGUCUUAAUAGGAAACUCUAACCUUGAUAUAUUCAAAGACAUGAAGGAAGUUUACAAAGAUGAUGGUAAAUUAUCUAAGAAUAGAUUUGAAAGAGUAGCCAACCACAUCUUACAACAAAGAAGAUAUUACAUGUCUCUUCCGGGAUCAAUUAAAAAAUUGAUCCCAACUUCAAAAGAAGCUAAUCAAAAAUUAAAUCAAUUACAAGAUGGCAUUAUGUCAGAAGAAUUAUUAGAUGCUGAUAUCGGAGGAUCAACUUUAGAAGUUCCUUAUUUGGGAUUAACAGAAUUAGGUGAUUCCAUACCUGAUAUUCUUAUCAAUACCUCAGAAAUGAAAUCGUUCGUUAAAGUAGUUAAAGGAGUGGUGGUGGUGAACCCAGGUCAAUACAUAAGAAACCAUAAAGAUCCUAAUAGGGAAGAAGGUACUUAUGUUGUGGUUAACAUUAAUAGUCCGUCGUUGGAAUCGAAAUCAGAAAAUAAUAUAGAACCAGUCGACGGUAGUCCCGAUUUAUUCUAUCAUAACGUUUAUAAGCGUUCUAGAGUCGAUAUAUAUAAAAGUUAGAUUGAAAAUAUAAUGAAUUACCUUCAUCUUUUUGUGAAUGCCUUUAACGUAAUUUUCAAAUUGAAACUUAUCUCAUGUACCGUGCAGGGUUAGAAUUUUCCAUCGGUGUAUAAUGAUAGUCUCGUGGUAAUUUACAAACAAUUAAAACUUUUUAAACUUAUAAUAAUAAUAAUA